AUUGCCAACGUUCUUUAUUUGGAAUCUCCGGCAGGCGUUGGGUUCUCCUACGCCGUCAACGGUAACGUUUCUACAGAUGAUGACAUUGUUGCCCGGAACAACUUUGCCGCAUUGCAAAACUUCUUCGAACGUUUCCCCAUCUACAAGGGUCGGGACUUUUAUAUCACGGGUGAGAGUUACGGUGGUGUCUAUGUGCCCACUCUGGCUCUUCUGGUAGCCUCAAAACCUGAACUAAACCUUCGU